GCCGAGGGGAUAUGGAUCAAAAUGAAUCAGAUAGUCGUCGAAUAAUUCGAUAUCCUGAUAGCCACCAACUCUUUGUUGGCAAUCUGCCACAUGACAUUGAUGAAAAUGAAUUGAAGGAGUUCUUCAUGAGUUUUGGGAAUGUUGUAGAGCUUCGCAUCAAUACAAAAGGUGUUGGAGGAAAACUUCCAAACUUUGGCUUUGUGGUGUUUGAUGACUCUGAGCCAGUUCAGAAAAUUUUAUUGGCCAAACCUAUAAUGUUCCGUGGUGAGGUGCGCUUGAACGUAGAAGAAAAAAAGACCAGAGCUGCUCGUGAAAGAGAAACUCGAGGUGGUGGUGAUGAUCGCAGGGAUAUUCGACGCAGUGACAGAGGUCCUGGGGGUCCACGUGGCAUAGUGGGUGGUGGAAUGAUGCGAGACCGUGAAGGCAGAGGGCCGCCUCUGAGAGGUGGCAUGGCCCAGAAGCUUGGCUCUGGAAGAGGAACAGGGCAGAUGGAAGGCCGGUUCACAGGUCAACGUCGCUGAAGAUUCAGUGUUGGCAGGCAGUCUUGGCAGUGAUACAUUAUUCGUCAUGUUUGCAUUCUUGUUAAUUUUCUGGCUUUGGAAUGUAACACAGCCUUUUUUUUAUCAUUUCUUUGAUGUGAGAAACAUCUUUUGGUUACCAGUUAAAUUGAGGUGGACAUUCUUUCCCUAAUUUCACAAAGAAGUGAAGUCAUACUGUUAACUUAUAAAUUAGACUUGGAGAUUAAGGACUGAGAAAUGACCAUUUAAACUUUCUGCAGCAACAACAACAAAGGACAAAGGGUAUGCCUAAUUGAGUUAAGGUCCUUCCAGUGUGUUAAAAUCCUUCUGCUGCACGUUUUGUGUAAGUGUUACUGUUGGAAAUGCAAAUAGUGCAAUCUUUGCAGUUGGAAAAGCUUGCCCUUUUUUUUCCCUUUUAGAACACUUGACUCCAAACAACUCAUGUUUUAUGAACUUUAAACGCACUAAUGGGUACCUGGCUCAUUUUACGUUGACAUCUGCUGAAAGCAGCAAGGAAAAAUAAUAGCUUGUGAAACGAUGCGGGCAUCUGCUCUGCUUGCUGUGACCAAUAUAUGUACACAUAAACCUUAACAAGACUACAAAUAUGUUCCAGAAGGAAACCAUUUAGCUGUAAACACAAAUGUAAAACUUCAAAAAUCAUAGUCCUGAAUAGAAAACAAGUGUUUUUCUUUUUUAAAAAUCUUAUGAGCUUCCUGCCUCUCUCUAGACAGGGAUGGCUGAUCGCUCAACACACUCCUCUUACCUUUUCCCUUUCUGUAAGCAGUGUACAGUGAAAAAUUGUCUUUACUGUAUUGAGGUCUCUGGUAAUGUAAUAAGCAUGAUGGUGCCUUCUAUUAAAUACAUCAUUCCAGUCUUGCUGGUGAUUUUGUACAGUAUAGUGUAUGAAUGGCUGUGCUGCAAAACUUUAACAACUGUAAAAAUGUUUAUAAAAUCAUUGUAUAAAAUUGCAGUAUCUUUAAAUCAGUAAAGGUUACUGGAAUAUUACUUGCCUAGCUCUACAGCUAAGUUUCUGAAGCCUUUGAACAAGGGAGGUAUGACAUAGUAGAUGCUUUUUAAAAAUGGAAGUGGAGUUAUGGAAUUAUUCAUUCUUGCAUAGAUAAGUCCAAAGUUAAUCAAGUGUGUCCCUUUGUUUUAAGUAUACUCCAGAUAACAUAUUUAACAUACAACUUGUUACACUCAAGGAUACUGCAAUUUUCAUAGAGCAGGGAAAUAGCUCAAAUACUUGCUAUUUUCAAUUUUUGAACUAUCACCCAUUUUGCACAAACUCUGAAGUGACUUUGCCUACACGGCUCAGUUUUGUACAUAGAGGGAAGAUCUCUUCUUGUGUAUUUGGACUUGGUAGAGCAUCUUGCAUUUGGGUGAGAGGUUUGCUGUUUCCAGUUCCUGUUUGCAUAGAUAGCACAUUCCAGAAAACUGCAAAUGUAGCAAACAGUACUCCCCAGCUUCAUGCUAGACAGCUCAACAAACCUCAGGCUUACUCUUGAGGAGGGGAGACAAAAGCAUGUGACCGUUUAGAGCUGCUCUAAACAUGGAAGACCUCAUUUACUAUGAUGUAACAAAAAUGUGUAAUGCAAGGAGCAUUUGGUUAAACUAAUCAUUUGCUGUUUCCUAAACAUGUGGAAAAUUUUGCUUGUAUGUUGGGGUGGAGUAAGUUUAUAUCAUUUUUUUCCUCCCCAAAUUGAGAUCUUCCAUGUUUGAUGGUAAGUCUUGCACUAUUUUCAUACACUUUCUGGGGUACAUUUCUCUAUUUCCAUGUUUAUGUUGGGUGGCGGGAGGGGGGUUGUGUUGAAUUGUUUCAUUUUCAGAUGAUACCUUGGAUAUGUAGUACUUGAAUGCCUCUCCAUGAACCAUAUUAAGUUGGAAGACUUUUUUAAAAACUGCCUUUCUCAACAAGCAGUUGCUUACCAGUGUUUCGGUGUUUAUGUUUCCUGACUUUUUUUAGUGCUAUAAUAUCGCCCUACCAUCUUCUAUAAAACUGUUAAGGCAAAUAGCAGUAAUGGAAUAAUCAGAAAAAUAUGUAACUGACAAUUAGAGGAGCUACUGAGCCAUUCAGCUUUCCGGUUUGCUUCUUUAAAUGCCAUGAACUAACAAUAUUGGAAGCAUACACAGAAGUUUACAUGGUGAUUGUUCACCUACUAUACUGUGGACUCAUAGUGUUCUUGUCCCUCCUUUCAAUAAAUGUACCUCUAGAAGAAAAAAGGAACGGAUCUCUUUGACCUGUUUUACUGCUGAUUUGUUGAUAUAGGUAAUAUUGCUAUUGUUACAGUCCUAUGUCAACAAACUUGCUUUAAUCAUCUUUUGGCUUUAGUAGGUAUGCAAACAGUGGACUACCAUCUUUAUUGCUGUAAUGUGUUGAGCAUUAUAUGCUAGUAGAAUCUAGUUUGUUGCAGGUGGAAAGUAUUUACUUUUAAGUUUCCAUUUUUGAAUGUGUUUUGACUAAACAUACCAAUAAACUACUGAUGUCUGCAGCA